AUGGAGGCGUGUAAAAAGCCGUUUAGAGGGGCUGAAAAGUCAGAAGUCAAGAAUUUGGGAGUCGAGUUUUUGCCUUUGGCCGUAUCGAUACUCAGUUUUCUACCAGCUCCAACCCAGCUGUCUCAGGACCAGCUAGAGCUAGAAGAAAGGGCAAGAGCACAAAGAUCAAGACAAACUGCUCUAGUGUCAUCACGAAGAGAACCUCCCCCAUAUGGUUACCGGAAAGGAUGGAUACCACGGAUGCUGGAGGAUUUUGGAGAUGGGGGCGCUUUCCCAGAAAUUCAUGUGGCCCAGUAUCCAUUGGAUAUGGGCAAAAAGAAGAAAAUGUCCAAUGCUCUGGCAGUUCAAGUGGAUGCAGAAGGGAAAAUAAAAUACGAUGCAAUAGCUCGACAAGGCCAAUCAAAGGAUAAGAUUAUUUACAGCAAAUACACGGAUCUUGUGCCAAAAGAGGUUAUGAAUGUGGAUGAUCCUGAACUGCAAAGACCUGAUGAGGAAACAAUUAGAGAGAUCACAGAGAAGACGAGAGCAGCCUUGGAAAAAUCAGUGUCUCAGAAAGUGGCAGCAGCCAUGCCAGUUCGAGCAGCUGAUAAAUUGGCUCCUGCACAAUACAUCCGGUACACACCAUCUCAGCAAGGUGUGGCUUUCAACUCUGGAGCAAAACAGAGAGUUAUUCGGAUGGUAGAAAUGCAGAAGGACCCCAUGGAGCCUCCAAGAUUCAAAAUUAAUAAGAAAAUUCCACGGGGACCCCCUUCUCCUCCAGCUCCAGUAAUGCACUCUCCCAGUAGAAAGAUGACUGUGAAAGAGCAGCAAGAGUGGAAAAUUCCCCCAUGCAUUUCAAACUGGAAAAAUGCAAAGGGCUACACCAUUCCAUUAGACAAGCGCCUGGCUGCAGAUGGCAGAGGACUGCAGACAGUUCACAUUAAUGAAAACUUUGCCAAGCUGGCUGAAGCUCUCUAUAUUGCCGACAGAAAGGCUCGGGAAGCUGUAGAGAUGCGUGCCCAGGUGGAGAGGAAGAUGGCUCAGAAGGAAAAGGAGAAACAUGAGGAGAAGCUCAGAGAAAUGGCCCAGAAAGCCAGAGAGAGGAGGGCAGGGAUCAAAACCCAUGUUGAGAAAGAGGAUGGAGAAGCUAGAGAGAGAGAUGAAAUCAGACAUGACCGGCGCAAAGAGAGACAGCAUGACAGGAAUCUGUCCAGGGCAGCCCCUGAAAAAAGGUCAAAGUUGCAGAGAAAUGAGAACAGAGAUAUCAGUGAAGUAAUUGCUUUAGGGAUACCCAACCCCAGGCCAUCCAACGAAGUCCAAUAUGACCAGAGGCUCUUCAACCAGAGCAAGGGUAUGGACAGUGGCUUUGCUGGAGGAGAGGAUGAAAUUUAUAAUGUUUAUGACCAGCCUUGGAGAAGUGGCAAGGAUAUGGCCCAGAACAUCUACAGACCAAGCAAAAAUGUGGAUAAGGACAUGUAUGGUGAUGAUUUAGAGGCACGAAUAAAGACUAAUAGAUUUGUUCCUGACAAAGAGUUUUCGAACUCGGAUCGUAACACCAGAGGGAGGGGGAGAGAUGGACCAGUUCAGUUUGAGGAGGAUCCCUUCGGUCUGGACAAGUUUCUGGAAGAAGCUAAACAACAUGGUGGUUCCAAACGGCCCUCGGAUAGCAGCCGCCCGAAAGAACACGAACAUGAGGGCAAAAAGAGGAGGAAGGAGUAGGUGCUUCCUCUCCUUGAGGAACAAGGAAAUGGACUACACCCAUGGACUUCAUGCAAAAUGUAUUUUUACUCUCACAGUUU